AUGCAGGGAUCAUCAACAGGAGGUCGUUCUCUACAGUCGCCUGCACUGAUAGGGCCGCAACAGCAUCAAGCGCCUCAGCAGACCCCCAAACGACCCAGCACAACGCGGAAAGCAUCCGUAGCUCCACAUCGUGGCGACAUAUUCUCCGUGGAUGACGACCCGACCGAAGUGGACUUGGAUCUACGCAGCGCGAGAAAGGAGCCGAAGGAGGAUCCCCCUCAGCCUCCCACUCUACCGCGAGUUGAAAGUAAUGGUGACGAUGAGGAGGACCACGCAGAACCGAGUUCGGAAGGUACCCUACAAGGCGAUGAAGAGGAGGAUGACGAGGAUGCAUCGCCGGACGACGAAGAUGACGACGAGGACGGCUUGAGCGAUGCCGAGAGCUUCACGCUGAAAGACAGACAAGAGGCCAUCAACGAGACGCAUCCAUUCGGUAUCAGGAUUUGGAAGCCGGCGCUGUACAAGAAGAAUCGAUCAGUGCAACGGAACGCAGAAGGAGACAUUCACAGUGCACCCGGAGGCAAUGUCAGUCGAUGGCUCUGGGUAUUCAACGCUCUAUGGACGAUCAUGUUCGGAUGGUGGCUGGCAGUGAUAACUUCGCUCGGAGGCAUCGUCUGCCUCAUCUUUGGCAUAUUCCAGGACGAGGAUUCUGAUGGCUGUCGAGCUUAUGGCCGGGUUCUCAUCAACUUGGCCCAUUACCUGUUCUACCCAUUCGGAAAGUACGUCAAGCUGGACCGCGACGAGGCAUACAUGCACGAGGAUGAGGGCGAAGGAAGAGAUAUUGCCGAGUACGAGCGAUGGCAAGCUGGUGACAUUGAGGAAGGCCGCCUCUUCUUCGGACCCACCGACAUUAAUCGUUCGCUUAUUGGGCGACGACGAGACGAAGAGCCCGACCUCGAGGAUCACGAGACUGAUAGUCUGCUCGGUCGUGGCAGACAGAGCUCCGUUGCAAAGGCUGCGCGGGUCAAGACGAAGAAACGACUCUUUGGCCGUGGAAGAUGGAACUUCGGCCGUGUCAUCUUCUUCCUGUCGUUCUACUUCCUCAUCACGCCAUUCUUGUUCCUCGUCAGUGGGAUCUGCUGGUUCAUGGUCUUUACCAUCCCAAUGGGCAAAGUCACUCUGCUGCUGUUCUACCACCUCCGCCGACAUCCCCUUGCAAUGAGUUUUCACACCGACAGCCAUUACCAACGUGGUUCUUUCCAGCGUCGUGGAAGCAGCGAUAGUGUUAUCCUGCUUUGCACUUACCGAGCUGUCGGAUCGAGAUACUGGAAAUACACCAUUGACGGCACAAAUAUCUUCCUGAUCAACCUUCUUGGCCUGGUCAUCUUCGCGAUCUUUGACUACUUCGUGCUUGCGAAAUAUUUGGGCCUUCAGAUGUGGUUUACUGCGCCGGGCUUCAUGUUCGUCCUGGCACUGUCGUCCAUCAUCCCCUUGGCAUACUUUAUCGGUCAGGCCGUGGCGUCCAUCUCUGCGCAGUCAUCGAUGGGUGUCGGCGCGACUAUCAACGCCUUCUUCAGCACGAUUGUGGAAGUAUUCCUGUACUGCGUGGCUCUGCAUGAAGGAAAGGCACAGCUGGUCGAAGGCAGCAUUAUUGGGUCUAUCUUCGCAGGCAUCCUUUUCCUGCCAGGAUUGUCCAUGUGCUUUGGUGCUAUCAAGCGCAAAACACAACGCUUCAACGUUCGAUCCGCUGGAGUGACAUCCACCAUGCUGCUGUUCGCUGUCAUCGCUUCUUUCGGACCAACCUUGUUCUAUCAAUUCUACGGCACGCACAUUCUCAAUUGUCGACAAUGUCACACCAAGCAUGAAGAAGAAGAGCGCGACUGUCGGCGAUGCUACUUCACGCAGGUGCCGGAGUUGAACGAUAGGUUCUUCAACGAGGCCGUGCGUCCGUACAUCUACUUCUGCACCGUCUGCCUCUUCCUCUCGUAUGUGGUUGGCCUGCUCUUCACGCUGCGCACGCACGCCGCCGUGAUCUGGAACAACGAGUCUGAUGAGAAGAAGGAGGUCAAGCAUGAACAGCCACAUCAGACCCAGCACCAGCAUCUCCACGGUCAUAUGAAUUUGCCGUACACUGCCACGCUUGUCUCAGAAGACAUCAAGUCUACACAGAUGUACAAGCGCAUCCUGACUCAAAGCCUGAAGCAAGCCGGCGUCGCGCCGUCAAUUGCGCAGAAAGACUCUGUGGACGGCGGGUCACCCAAAGCAGAAGGACAGGUACCGCAUAUCGUGCCACCCAAAAGCUCCGGUAGUGACGCGAUUCAAGGUCUGAGUACCGAGGACAACCGUGCUCUGCUUCACCAAGUAGCUGAGAUUGCGGCGACCGCAGCCACAGUUGCGGCCCGAGACGCGACCCAAGUGCCGCGACGUGGCAGCGCUAUAUCGUCUAGGCAUGGAUCCGUCGCGAGGGAGCCUAAGAACGCUAAGGAUCAACAUCCGACCCAUUCGACACAUCAGCACGCCAACGAGGUGCCGCAAGAAGCAGCGCCAGGUGCUGCAGCACCGCACGAGGAGCCAGCAUCGGGAGGCCAUGACGCUCCCAACUGGUCACGCACCAAGUCCGCCGUUAUCCUCCUCACAGCCACCAUCGCGUACGCCGUCAUCGCGGAGAUCCUCGUCGACACCGUGGAUGUCGUGCUCACGUCUGUCGAUAUCCCCGAGAAGUUUCUCGGCAUCACACUCUUCUCCCUCGUCCCGAACACCACUGAAUUUCUCAAUGCCAUCAGCUUCGCUAUGAACGGCAACGUGGCGCUGUCCAUGGAAAUCGGAUCCUCCUACGCGUUGCAAGUCAUCCUUCUACAGGUCCCGUGUUUGGUUCUGUUCAGCGCGGUGUAUGCGAACUACAUCCCGAAGGAACAGAUCAUCAACCACACCUUUUCCAUGAUCUUCCCGCAGUGGGAUAUGGUCUGUGUGAUCUUGAGUGUGUUCUUGAUGGGCUGGGUUGUGGGCGAGGGAAAGAGCAAUUACUUCAAAGGGAGCAUUCUAAUCUUCACGUACUUGGUGGUCAUUAUUGGGUUUUGGUUCGCGAGCUUUCAUGAUCCGAAGAUCAUGGGCAUUGACGCAUACGACACUCUUGGCCUGCCAGAAACCUUCCGUACCUUCGGCAAGAGCUCCAGCGGACCAGCGUUCCCAAUGGCAUAAGCACACGACCUCCACAAGCUUGUGCCACAGCUUGCUCAUUCAUGGCAUCGUUCAACAGCUCGCGGUGCGGAUGGUUCUCUUUCUGCUUUUCGGUCGCGUUCGAGCAGGGCGUUUCUUGGGGGGUUUGCAUUUGCAUGAUUGGAGCACACUUGGAAGAGUUGGUUAUUCUUCUCUCAGUCUGGACAGC